AUGAACAUCACAAGUAAUAGUCAAGAAACAUUAUUUCAAUUAAUCAAGAGUCAUAGUUUAGUGACUACAUUUGUUAGCUAUGCCUAUAAUACAUCGGUAUUCUCCCUAUCGUUUAUAGGGCUCUUUGCAUUUGGUUGGAUUUACUUUCUCAAGAUACUCUUUAAAGACUAUGAAGUAAAGAAUCUAACCGUUCAGCUAUCCUUUUCAACCAUGUUUGCUCUAUCCUGUACAAUGUUUGAACUCAUCAUCUUUGAAAUUAUGGAUAUUAUGGAUAGAGAUUGGAGAUAUAUGUGUUGGAAGUUUGAUUUAUUUGUAAUGUUGGUUGAUUUGAUUAUAAUAUUACCUUAUUAUCAAUUCUAUUUAUACUUUUCUUCAAAAGGGUUUGGAAGAACAAGGAAUUAUAUAUCAAGUUUAAUAUGUCUUGGAUUUUAUUUAUUAAUAUUUUGGUGGCUUGGUAAUCCAUUCCCAAUCUUGAAAGAGUAUAGAGGAAUAGUUAGUUUUGAGAUGGGUGUUGGUCGCAUUGGUAUUGUGGGUGUCACAGUCAUGGCACUGUUGUCUGGGUAUGGUGCUGUCAAUGUGCCAUACAUUCGAUGUUCCAUUUUGGUCACAACACAUUUCCUUUUUGCUGAUUGGUCUGAUGACGGCCACUUCAGUAAGAGGUUUCCUCAAUAUGUUGAUGAAGGUGUUUCACGAGUACUCGAGCAGUAUCACAUCCAACAAUGUCGUACUUGUGCUUGCCCAAAUCAUGGUGCUCUACUUAGUAUAUUCUUCUUUGUUCAAGUUUGGUUACCUGCUAAACGAGAGGUAGAUGCAUAUAUAGAAACUAAUUGUUUCAUUGGGAAUAUUACAGUGUUUGCACAACAGACCAAUCAAUCAUGUCAUGUUUCAAACUCUAAUCUAUGGUGGUUCCCCAAGUUUGCAUCACUCUUUGAGGAAAAGGUUAUCGAUAAAGGGUCGGACCCUGAUUCAUCAGACGAUUGGAAUGAUCCUGGCGAAUCGGGAAUAUGUUAUAUUGGUAUAUUGGAUGUAACUUAUACCGUCUCUGAUUAUGACACUGAUUCCAAUACAACCGAUAGCAACGAUCAGUUACAAUCACAAAUCACUGGAUUAUGGAGUGCAAAUCCUUUAUGGAUACAAGGUUAUCUUUCAGUUUUUAAAAUAAAUCAAACUAUAAAAUGUUAUUAUCACGAUGAAGUACCAGUUAAUGUAUUACCAUUUGGACCUAUUCUUCAAGAUGUUGGAUGGAUUAUUGGAGUUGUUUUCUCCUCUCUCUGUGGUGCAUCAGUGUUGUCGAUCAUUGUACUUUCAAUCAUCAAGAUGAGGUCAAAGGAUCCAAACAACAAUCUUGUACCAAACACUGAAAAGAAAGCUCUCUUAUCAGGCGACUAUUAUAAAUACGAAGAUGAAAUACCACCAUCAAAUAAUAUUUCUAUAAGUCGUAGUGAUAGCAGUAGUAGUAGUAUUAGUACCAGUAGUAAUAAUAGUAAUAGUAAUAGUAGUAACAACAAUGCAAUUAUUUUGAUUAGAGUUUAA